AUGACGACGGCAUUGUUCCCGUCGGAGGACAGGUAUGGGCCACGACUUUUCAUGUACUUGUCUCAUUGCUCCUCGGAAGAAGCAGACCACCCCGCGAAUGCGUUACGCUUCCAUACCCGCAACUCUGUCGGGUGGCAGUCGGACAAAGGGUGUAUAUAUCCUCAAGAGCUCGGCUUCAGCUUUGAAGGUGAAGUGGAUUUGCAAUACAUUAGAAUACUGGCCCACGAGAGCAAAAUUGCGUCGCGCAUUGAAGUAUUUGUUGCAAGUAUUACUGAGGAAGAGGUAAAGACGGGUUUGCUAAAGCCAUACGAGUCGAGCACAUUUCAACGCCUUGGUUAUGUGCAUUUGUCUACCAAUGUGGGGAAUAAAUUUGGCGCACGGGAGCUGAAGACCAUCAAUAUUCGUCGUCGAUGCGUGUAUGUCAAGCUUCUGCUUUCAAGGCCCCAUCGGUCGGACUACAAUGUUUUUAAUCAGGUGGGCAUUAUUGCCUUGGCUAGCCACGGAGUAUUUGUUCGCAGUUUUGACGUCAACCGGAAGAAGACACUGUGUCUUGUUGGGGAAAACGUGGAGGUGCCCUUCGAGGAAAUGAUCCCCCCUGGUGUAAAAGAUUGGCAAGCCGCACAUCAGGAAUGUGAAGGAGGUCCUGACAUCGAUGCCAUAACCGCUCGGCGUAUUGCAGAGUUCGUGGCGAUGAAGGAACGCGCGGUAGCGGCAGAAGAUUAUGAUCUUGCUGCUGCUUUGAAAUCAUGUCUUGUAUCCUUAGAGAGUACUGGAAAGGAAAUUUACAAACUAGAGAAGCAAAAGGCAGCAGCGGUUAAAGAGGAAGAUUACACCGUGGCGAAGAAGUUGAAACAGCAAAUUGAUAGUUUGCGGGAGGAGGCAUACAAGAUUCCCAAGACAUUGUCAAAUACAAAUAGCGAAGUUGCAUUGCCAAGUGGGGCAAACGAAGAAGUGGCAAAACCGGUGCAUACGUUGACGCAGGAACCGACAUCAUCAGAACAUAAAGACAAGCAACGUGCGCCUGCAGCAGUGGCCACACCCACUCGAUCCGCUAUGUUCGACGAAACACCAGUGGGUGGUUGUGGAUUCUAUGAGCUGGAGAAUGCACCAAAUCCAACGAUGAGCGGCGAGCAGGAAAGUAUGAGUGUUGGUAGAGGUGGCAGUAGUGAUCCUUCUGCUGUGUUCGAUGGAAAACCGAAAUGGGAGCAGACGAUUAAUCGUGUUGUGGUGCGAUUCUCUGGUGAACAACCGCUGGCACCUCCCCUCUCUGGGGAAGCGCUCAGUGAGGCCAAAAUUACCGAACAAAUGUUAGGGACCUACUGCUGCGCUUGUCUGUUUGGAAAGAAAGGUCAGCUUCGUGAAGCUGCCAUUCGUGCCAUUAUUUCCCCUGAGGGGUUUACCGCCCUUUCCAGUCAUACACACAACGUAAUUGAAGCGCUUUUAUCAUACAUGUCUCUCCCCUUCCGCGGAUUUGGUGAUGCCGUGGCGGGAGUCGUGCUUGCGUGCUGUGAGGUUCUUAACGCCAUUGUAAAAGGUGAAAUACAGGAUGCUCCUCCAGCUUCUGCGCUGAUGCCACAAUUGAAUCCACUUUUACCCGAGUUGGUGAUGCGUUCUGGUGAUAGCAACAGUCGGAUUCGUGAAAUGGUGGAAUCGGUUCUCAUGUCAUUGUCUGAUGUAGCGCUUGAUGCUGUUGUGUCUGUUCUUCUUGUAGACCACGGCAAGGCGAAAAAACGUCCGACUCCACCAAAAACGCAAGUUGCACGUAUGAAUUUACUGAGUGCACUAGUAGACCGCUACGGUAUUAACGGGACAAUAUCUAUGAACCUUGAGACAGACUCCAUUCUCUCCAAGGCUGUUAUACCUUGUUUGCAACAUCCUAUUGGUGAAGUACGGGAGGCUGCGAGCCAGCUUUUCGCUAAACUUUUGCUUCUUGCCCCGAAACGCGCAGCGGUGCACAUGGAGGCUCUGAAACCUGCUCAGCAGAAUUUAGUAGAGCAACAUAUGGAGGCCAUGAGGGAAACCGCACUGAGAGGGAACUCACGGGGUGGAGUGGAGAUAAACGCCGCACAUCUUGUUGAUCCUACUCCAGCUUUGCGGAGGACUGCCUCCGCUGGGCGGUCUUCCCGUCAGGCAGCUCUGGGUAAAGACGAAGACGAUGCGACGAGGACGUGUCAAUUCUGUGGUGAGUUUGAUGCCGGCUUCACGGAGGCGGCGCUUGAUAUCCAUUAUAUUCGCAUGUGCCCAAUGCUUUGUCCGUGCCCCCUCUGCGACCAAGUGACGGAAAUCGCCACCCUGCAGCAGCACCUCACUUCUGAGUGUGAGAACCGCCUGUUGGUGCGUGAGUGUCCCAUCUGCAAGGAGGCGGUACGGGUCGAAGACAUCAAGAGACACGUCGCCGCUAAUGCGUGCAUUAAGGCGUCACAGACGCACAGCGUGUGUCCGCUGUGUCACGCACGGUUCCAGUCGGGAGCUGUCGGGUGGGUUGCGCACCUGGCCUCGCCGCCUGGGUGCCCGAACAACCCUAGAAGGUACGAUGGCUCUGGCCCCAUCGUGGAAUAG